UUUGCUUACGUUGGCGGAUUUACUUUAAAGGAAGCGAUAAAUUUGUGCUUUAAAGAAAAUUUCGUCGAUUCGCGACCGUUGUAUAAUACUCGAAUUAUACAAGCGAUUUAUAAAAGCAUUUGCAAAAAUCGCCAUUUCAAUAAGCCAAGUCGUUUCGAAUUCCAAAAUGGAAUGAAAGAGGCUCUCCGUAUGGCAAAAAAAAGAUAUAGCAGCAGAACGCGAUCACGCGCAAAAAUAAAUAGAAAGUUAUGGAAUGAUAGAAAAGAUGAAAGUGAAGACAACAGAGAGAACGAGAUAAAGAACGAAAAUUCUAAAUAA